AUGCGUUCAGUGGGAGCUGCGGCCGUGGCGCUGCACGCAUCGGUGCUGGUGCUGCUCGCUCAGGGGAUCCCCGUCACCAGGGAUGGAGUUUACAGUUCACAGCAUUUCUCCGGGAUGGACCGAUCAACCGGCUACCACCUGCCGACCUACAUGAUGCACCUCUACCGGAAUUUCAAAUCCAACUUCUCCAGGCCCUCGGACGCUGUGGAGAAAGAGCCGGCGAGGCGGGCGGACACCGUGAAGAGCGUGAUGGCUAAAAGUCUGACGUCCAAUCAGAGUCGCUGGAUCGCGACCUUUGACCUCAAGGCCCUUCUAGCUGAAAAGCGGAUCCAGGCGGCGGAGCUGAGGAUCCGGCUUCCUCGCAAGGCGAGCGCUUCCAACAUCACGGUGGCGGUGUAUCACCAUCACGGCCAGGCGUGCCACGCGCUCGCGGGCUGCCGGGAGCAGCAGCUGGUGGGGCUUCUCACGGAAUCAUCACUGGUCACUUCAUCGCAGAGCUGGAAAGUCUUCAACAUGACAGAGCCUCUCCUGAGCUGGCUCAGCCGGAAAACCGCCACGGCAAGAACUCAACAAAGCAGGCGGUCGAGAGGGAGGAGAGCGGGGAAGACAAAGAGGAGCCUGUCGCUCCCGGACCAGCACGUCUUCGCGGCGAGCGCGAGGAGGGAGCAGGAGCUGAGCGACCGGGCCUUGUUGGUGGUCUUCUCGCAAACCGCCUCGGAUGAAGACUCCAGGGCCAGAGCCAGCUUGCUUCACACGGCCGAACAAUCCAAGUUCCUGUCCCCGGCUGAAAUCAGGAGGGCCCGCGGGCCGAAGAGGCGCCGGAGCAAACGGGGCCAGAUAGAGCAAACGGCGAGGAGCCCGCAGGCGUCCAGGAGAGGGAGCGACAACUCUCUCUGUCGGCGGGUCGAAAUGCACGUAGACUUUAAUCAGAUUGGCUGGGGGUCCUGGAUCGUCUUUCCCAAACGAUAUAACGCCUACCGCUGUGAGGGUUCCUGUCCCGGUCCCCUGGGGGAGAACCUGAAUCCAACGAAUCAUGCGUACAUGCAGAGUUUGCUGAAACAUUUCCACGCUGACCGCGUAGCAGCGCCCUGCUGUGCCCCAACCAAAAUGAGCCCGCUGAGCAUGCUGUACUACGAGAACUCAGAAAUGCUCCUGCGACAUCACGAAAACAUGAUUGUGGAUGAAUGUGGCUGCCAGUGACAGCUACGACCGCCUCCAAAGAUGACCUGUGUUGCUGAGCGGUGUUGACGGCAUAAAAACAUGCUGCACCAGAGCAGCCAGUGGCUGAAAAACAAAAAGAAACACUUAGCCAGGAGGGGAAAAGCUCUUUGAUAUUUGUCACUGUGAACUGUAAGAUUUACCAGACCUGUGUGGAGAGAUGGGAUCUUAAUUUGCGAUGGGAUAUACUAGUUUUUAGGGGGAACAUUUUACUUUUUAGAUGAACUGAAAUACAAACUCACAAUAUCAUCCGGCCUUGUGCAGAUGUCACAAUGUAAUGUACAACUUUAUUACCCUUUUCAAUUUCAUCAAUGUAAACAUAAAAUGGCAAUGUUGUUGAAUAUUCCAGCACUGUUUAUUGCACAGCACAUUUGUGUAACUGUAAAUUAAUGUAUAUUUAUUGUAAAUAUUAAAGAAAUUGUAUUUAUA